AUGGAUACAUCAUCAUCCUCAGGGACGUUAAAUAUGGAGUCGGGGAAUGCUGGGAUUCGAAAGCGCUUGACACUCACCUUCCGUGAUGUCAGCGUGAACGUAACGGCGCCCGAUGCCGCCCUGGGAGACACACUGCUGUCGGUGGCCGACCCGCGACAACUCACGAGCUGGUUUCAGAGGAGUCGAAGGCCCAAGAGGACCAUUCUUAAGGAGAUCACCGGUCAGGUCCGGCCUGGAGAGAUGCUCUUCGUCCUGGGUCGCCCCGGCUCCGGCUGCACUUCCUUCCUUCGAGUAUUAUCCAAUGACCGUGAGGCUUUCGACGAGGUGGUGGGCGAAACCCGGUACGGAAGUAUGGACCACAAGCAGGCAAAGAAGUACCGGCAACAGAUCUUGUUCAACAACGAAGAUGACGUACAUUUCCCCACGCUGACGGUCAAUCGAACCAUGAAAUUCGCCCUGCGCAACAAGGUACCUCGCGAACGUCCAGAACAUCUGCAAGACAGAAAGGCAUACGUGCAAGAGAAGCGAGAUGACAUCCUGGGCUCCCUGGGUAUCCCGCACUCGAAGAAGACCCUGGUUGGAAAUGAAUUCAUUCGGGGUGUGUCUGGUGGCGAACGGAAGCGUGUUUCCUUGGCAGAGAUGAUGGCUGGUCAGAGUCCGGUCCAAUUCUGGGACAAUCCUACCCGAGGUCUGGAUUCCAAGACGGCAGUUGAGUUUGCGCGCAUGCUGCGACGUGAGGCGGAUCAGAACGAGAAGACGAUCGUGGCUACCAUGUACCAAGCAGGCAACGGUAUCUACGACCAGUUUGAUAAAGUCCUGGUCCUGGCAGACGGUAUGGUGACUUACUACGGCCCGAGGGCGUUGGCCAAGGCGUACUUCGAGGAGAUGGGCUUUGUCUGUCCUCGAGGAGCCAACAUCGCCGACUUCCUUACCUCUGUCACCGUGAUUACGGAGAGGAUUGUGGCUCCAGGAAUGGAAAAGAAGGUGCCUAGUACUGCAGCCGAAUUCGAGGCCUACUACCGCCAGAGUGCGAUAUGUUCGCAGAUGCUUGAGGAUAUUCAAUCGCCGGAGAAGCUGGUGGAUGAAGAAAUCAAUCUGGCUAAUGCGGUGCUCCUGGAAAAGAGGAACCAGCAUAUUCCUCGGCCUCAGAGUGUCUACACGGCAGGUCUCUGGCAUCAGGUUGUGAGCUGCACAAUUCGCCAAUUCCAAAUUUUAGCCGGUGAUAGGCUCUCGGUCAUUAUCAAAGUGGUCUCCGCAAUUCUUCAAGCGCUAGUCUGUGGUAGUUUGUUCUACAACCUGAAGCUUGACAGUUCUUCGAUCUUCUUGCGCCCUGGUGCCCUCUUCUUCGCAGUUCUCUAUUUCCUUCUGGAGACAAUGUCGGAGACAACCGCGUCAUUCAUGGGGCGGCCGAUUCUCUCGCGUCAGAAGAGAUUCGGUUUCUACAGGCCGACAGCCUUUGCCAUCGCUAAUGCCAUCACGGAUGUCCCUAUUGUCUUAGUUCAGGUCUCCUGCUUCUCAUUGAUUCUCUACUUUAUGAGUGCAAUGCAGAUGGACGCCGGCAGAUUUUUUACCUACUGGGUUAUUGUUGUCGUUCAGACCCUUUGCUUCAUGCAGAUGUUCCGCGCAAUCGGUGCUCUCUGCAAGAAUUUCGGUAAUGCAUCUAAGAUCACUGGGUUUGUGUCCACGGUCUUCUUCGUCUACGGAGGUUACCUCAUUCCUUUCGAACAAAUGCACGUCUGGUUCCGCUGGAUCUUCUACCUCAACCCCGGUGCCUACGCCUUCGAAGCGUUGAUGGCCAACGAAUUUGUCGGACUUGAACUGACAUGUGUGGAGCCCGACUACAUCCCAUAUGGUUCUGGCUACCCGGACGGCGCCUCCCAAUACCGUGGUUGCACCGUCAAAGGAAGCACAGACGGUGUGAUUGAUGGCGCUACCUACAUCCGGGAACAGUACAGCUACUCCUGGCACCACAUCUGGCGCAGUUUCGGAAUUCUGAUUGGGUUUUGGGCAUUCUUCAUCUUCUUGACUGCCCUUGGCUUUGAGAAGAAUAACGGCCAAUCGGGCUCGUCCGUCCUUCUCUACAAGCGGGGUGCCAAGUCAAAGCCAGCCGACGAGGAAACUGCCGCUGCCUCCAAGUCUGAGGGGAACGCUCUUGCGCAGACGACCAAGCAGUCCACUUUCACAUGGAACCAUCUCGAUUACCAUGUACCCUUCCACGGCGAGAAGAAGCAGCUCUUGCAUCAGGUGUUUGGAUAUGUCAAACCUGGCAACCUGGUUGCGUUGAUGGGAAGCUCGGGUGCAGGAAAGACUACGUUGCUUGAUGUUCUCGCCCAGCGAAAAGAUAGCGGUGAGAUUGUGGGUUCUAUCUUGAUUGAUGGACGCCCCCAGGGUAUCAGCUUCCAGCGGACGACUGGGUACUGUGAACAGAUGGAUGUCCAUGAGAGCACGGCUACAGUGCGAGAGGCUCUGGUCUUCUCGGCUCUGCUGCGCCAACCUGCCAGCUUCCCCCGCGAAGAGAAGCUCGCCUAUGUUGACCACAUCAUUGACCUGCUCGAGCUCAGUGAUAUCAAGGACGCUUUGAUCGGUGUCCCGGGUGCGGGCUUGAGCAUUGAGCAGCGCAAGAGGGUGACCUUGGGUGUUGAGCUUGUGGCCAAACCGACCUUGCUAUUCCUGGAUGAGCCAACCUCUGGUUUGGAUGGUCAAUCGGCCUACAACAUCAUUCGGUUCCUAAGAAAACUUGUUGAUAGCGGACAGGCCGUGCUGUGUACCAUUCACCAGCCCUCUGCUGUGCUCUUCGACGCAUUUGACUCACUGGUUCUGCUUGCCAAAGGAGGCAAGAUGACGUACUUCGGGGAGACUGGCCAGGAUUCACAGAAGGUUCUUGAGUAUUUUGCCAAGAACGGCGCCCCUUGCCCGGCCGAUGUCAACCCCGCCGAGCACAUUGUGGAAGUCAUCCAAGGCAACACUGAAAAGCCGAUUGACUGGGUUGACGUGUGGAGCAGGUCUGAGGAGCGUGAGCGGGUCCUCCGAGAUCUUGAGGCACUGAACAAGGCAGCCGAGGCAAACUCGACCGGCGAGGAGGACCACCAUGAUUUCGCCACGCCAGUCUGGUUCCAGUUCAAGAUGGUGCUUGAACGCUUGAUGACCCAAUUGUGGCGCUCACCGGAUUACAUGUGGAACAAGAUCAUUCUUCACGUAUUCGCCGCCUUGUUCAGCGGUUUUACGUUUUGGAAGAUGGGAGACGGCACAUUCGCACUUCAACUGCGUCUAUUUGCUAUCUUCAACUUCAUCUUCGUUGCUCCUGGCUGUAUCAACCAGAUGCAGCCGUUCUUCCUGCACAACCGCGACAUUUUCGAAAUUCGAGAAAAGAAGUCAAAAACCUACCAUUGGAUUGCCUUCAUCGCAGCGCAGACUGUAUCCGAAAUCCCGUAUCUGAUCAUCUGCGCCACGCUGUACUUCGCAUGCUGGUACUUUACUGCUGGCUUCCCCGUCUCGGCUUACAUUUCGGGACAUGUCUACCUCCAGAUGAUCUUCUACGAGUUCCUCUACACCUCGAUCGGCCAGGCAAUUGCCGCCUACGCCCCGAACGAAUACUUCGCCGCGAUCAUGAACCCGAUUCUCAUCGGCGCCGGCAUGAUCAGUUUCUGCGGUGUCGUCGUCCCCUACGACCAGAUCACGCCCUUCUGGCGCUACUGGAUCUACUACCUGGACCCCUUCACCUACCUCGUGGGCGGGUUGAUGGGCGAGGUCCUCUGGGACGUCAAGGUGCAGUGCAAGGCGUCCGAGUUUGUGCAGUUCAGCGCUCCUUCCGGCCAGACCUGUGGGCAGUACAUGGCGGACUUCAUCGCGAACAACACGGGCUACCUGCUGGACGCCACCGCGACGGGCACGUGCUCCUUCUGCCAGUAUUCGAGCGGGGCGGACUAUGCCAAGUCGUUUAAUUUGCAGGCGAAGUACUAUUCCUGGAGAGAUACUGGUAUCACGGCGCUGUUCUGUAUCUCGUCGUAUGCAUUCGUGUUUCUGAUGAUGAAGCUGCGGAGUAAGAAGACGAAGAGCGCAAGGUCGGAGUAGUGCCUGCUUGGAUGAAUGCCCCCAGGAUGCAGCGGGGUGCGAGGAUGCCCCUGAUGAAAGAUUAUGUGGAUUUGCUUUACAUUGGGCUUUAAUGAGUGGCUGGCUGAUUUCUGGGGGACGCCUU